UAUUGGACAGUCUUUUCUUUUCGAAUUUUGAUUUAUUUAAAUUCUUUCUUAAUUAUUAUUCUUUGCUUGAUUAGGGAACUGUUCAAUUUGGGAUCUGUCCGACCCUUCCCACCUGUCUGCCCCUACCUGUUCCUCCCCCUCUAGUCCGGGCACUGGGCCAGUCCGUCAGAUUGGCCCUCGAGUGACUCUUCAGACUUCGGGCACAGCAGUGCAUGACACUGCUCACUCGAUCACAGACCAAGGCCAUGGACCGGAAGGCGGGGGAAUCCCUCCUGAGUUAUGAGGAACGCCUGGCGGCAUUCAUUCAAGAGGCCAACGAUAGGGCCGCCGCCGCGGCCAAGGAACGUCAGCAGCUUGAACAAGAGGAGGAGGCCAAGCGACAGAAGGAGGAACAGGACCGACUUCGUCAAGAGGAGGCAGACCUGCAGGCGGCAGCUGAACACCGGUCACGCCAGCRGGAACGACUGUUCACACGGGAGACCGUGAUCUGCGAUGAGGCUGCACGUUGGAUGGAAGUGGCAUCUACAGACGAGGCCCCGGAGACUGAGAAAGGGCUGUCAGCCCUUGCACAGGUCUUCCACGACCUCGUGGCCACCUGCGCUCUGCAGCAAGAGGAAAUCCUCCACCUACAGCAGACAGUGGACCAGAUGCUCGCACGGCUGCAGGCGUUGGAAAAACAGCCAGCAGCCGUAGCAGCCGCAGGGCCUGCAAACCUUGCGACCCGUGUUCAAGUCUUGGAGGACGACGUCGGCAAUAUCAAGCGUGUGCAUCAGGACUUCAGGACGUCGCAGCAAGCAACGAACUUGCAGUUGGAGACGCAGGUCCAGGCGGCUGCCACCGUGACGCCCGCCGCCGCAUCCUUCAGGCGCCCACCCAAGCUAGAUGACAUUCCAGUCUUCUGCGAUCAGUCCAAGACGGAACCGAUCCCGUGGUGGCGCCAGUUUACUCUCCGGCUCGACRUGCACCAUGUCYCGAACAACGAUCGACAUCCGUGCUUGUACCACCGAUCUGGUGGUGCGUGUCAAGCAUGGCUGGACAACAUCUUGACCAGCCACGGCGUAGCAGUGUCGAAACUACACACCAAGCUCACUUGGCAAGAGUUGACUCACGCCUGGCACAAGCGAUUUCAAGUGGAGCCGCCCGACCUGCAAGCGAUGGACAAGCUCAACAAGCUCCAUCAAAACACGCUGCUCAGUCAGGACAGGAUCACCGAGUUUCAAAGACUCGCCUCCACACCUACCCUGCCGCUCGCAUUCCGCGCCAUCAAGCACUUGUUUAUCAUGCGCUCAUGUCCGGCGCUGCAAAACGCGCUUACGCAGAUUGCAGAGACACUCGACACAUCCGACAAGCUUUUUAGCACAGCGUCACGGAUCAUUCUGACAAAUAUCGAAGCCCGCAACGCAGGCCGAUCUUCCGCGACGACGAGCGGCACCCAGCUCAAGCCAAAGGUGGCUUGCAUUAUUUCUUCUGAGGCUGCAACACCAAACGAGGGUGAAGUGUUGGCAGCUGCCCGGGAUGGUGGCCGGCCGCGCAACAACCACGGCCGCGACAAGACGAAGACUCAAUCCACCUCGAUACCGAGCACCGGAUCAGCCACCGACGAACCUUGGGUACAAUACAGACUCUCGGCGAACUCUUAUCGCACGCGCCUCAAGUACCGGUAUUGCCUUUGGUGCAACAGCACCAUCCACGAUGCUGCACAUUGCCACACCAAGGGGAAACCCCCGGCACUCUUAUCCGCCGAGGUGUUACAUAUUUACGACCCGCUUCUAGCUACGCGCGUCACUACCGAUGCGUCGGGCUAUGGCAUUGGGGCCGUCCUUGAGCAGCACGACGGCACGGACUGGCACCCGGUCGAGUACUUCAGCAAGAAAGUACCUCCUGUGCAUUCGAUCGACGACGCACGGAAGAAGGAGCUUCUUGCCUUYGUCCACGCCCUCAAGCGUUGGAGACAUUUCCUCCUUGGUCGGAAAGCAUUCCGAUUGGUAACGGAUAACAAUCCGUUGGUAUUCUACAAGUCGCAAGACACGAUUAACAGUACCAUUGCCCGAUGGAUGAUUUUCAUCGACCAGUUUGACUUUUUCCCCGAUCACAUUCCCGGGAAGUCAAACCGUUUUGCGGACGCCCUCUCACGGCGACCGGAUCUUUGCACCGCAGUCUACUCUACCUUCGAGAUUGACGACGACUUGCGGGAGAGUUUCAUCCGCGGCUAUCAAGCCGACCCCCACUUUCGCGACAAGUACGCAAAUUGCUCAUCUCCGAAUCCGGUGCCUUCGCAUUAUCGGAUCCAAGAGGGCUACUUACUUGUGCAUUCACGAGGUAAGGAUCUUCUUUGUGUGCCGAGUGAUUCACACUUGCGCACACAGCUUCUUGGCGAGUUUCAUGAUACGCCCGCCUCCGGACAUUUUGGUGUCAACCGUACACUUGGCCGACUUCGCCAGCGGUUCUAUUGGCCCGAACUUCUCAAGGACGCCACCCGCUAUUGUGAGUCAUGCGAAGUUUGUYGGCGUUGCAAGUCACGCAACCAUCGUCCGUUCGGCGAGCUACACUCAUUACCAGUACCCCUUGGGCGACGGGAAGCGAUCGCUAUGGACAUCACCGGCCCCUUCCCAAAGCACAAGACCGGCGUUGAUGGGAUCUUCACGGUCGUCGACCGCCUCACCAAGUACGCCAUGUUUUUGCCUUGCCGCUAUCACGCAAAGGCACCGGAGUUAGCCGAGGUCCUAUACACCGGUUGGAUCCGCUCCAAGGKCUACCCCAAGGAGAUCGUUURCGACCGGGACACUCGCUUUCUCUCCGACUUUUGGGUCGCCCUCGUCAAACGAUGGGGCUCAUCRUUGAAGCCGAGUUCGRCUCGCCACCCGCAAACCGAYGGUCAGACGGAAAGGGCGCAUCAGACCGCUCAAGUCCUCCUACGCACUCUCAUCCGUCCUGACCAGGUUGAUUGGGUCGAGCGCUUGCCAGACGUUGAGUUGGCUUACAACUCAUCGAUCCAUCCGGCUAUUGGCAUGUCGCCAUUCGAGUUUGAGCAUGGUUCACCCAUCUCAUCGCCGCUGGACGCCAUUUUGUCGCGCACAGCCGAAAGCGACGACCAUCUUGCGUUCCUUCGUCGCAUGCAAGAGCUUCUUGUCAAGGCACGGGAUCAGAUGUCAAAGACGCAAAUACGGAUGAGCCGCCAAGCCAACCGCAAUCGUCUUCCUUGCCCGUUCCGCGCCGGCGAUCUGGUUUGGGUCUCCGCCGCGGAGUUCAGCCUUGAACAAGACAUCUCUCGCAAGCUCCUUCCCAAAUGGAUGGGGCCUUGGCGCAUUCUCUCUGCAGUUGGUGAUGAUCCCGAGGGGCCUUCAUUCCGCAUCGCGGUGCCACCUCACUUGCCCGUCCACACGGUGUUCCACUGUUUCAAACUCGCUCCUUUUGUUUUGGCAGAAUCCGACGAGUUUCCUGGUCGACGUACGCAAGACCCUCCUUCCAUGGACGGAUUUCAGGAGGCCGGCUACAUCAUCACCGACCGGCGCCAUGGCAACAAGGAAACGGAGUUUCUACUUCACUUUUCCUACUGCAGCCACAAGGCUGACCGUUGGYUGACGCGUUCGGAACUGCAGGCCACCGCCCCCGCAGUUCUCUCACGUUAUUUAAGCAAGGAGAAGACUACGCCGGGUACUUCAGCUCCCCGGCCUUCUCGCUACGUUCCGCCAUCAGAUCGACAGCUUCACUCGCGCCCCGGCUCAUCUUCAUAAGGAGGGGGGCUUGUUACAUGCUGAGAGCCUCCACACGGGCCCCUCACGGGACCCGAGGUUGGA